AGUCUGUAAUGCUAUGUAAUUUAUCUGCUGAAUACUAAUUGAAGUAUAAAAUUCGUAUUUUGUAAUGUCUGGAAUUUGUAGGCGAUUAAUUAUGUAUUCAAUUUAAUGUACCCCUAUAAAUGUAAAAUAUAAUAAUUAAAAGCUAAUGUGAUUACAAUUACACAUAAGUUCGAAAUCAAAAUAUGAUGGACGGUAGUGAUUUAAGUUCUGAUACCAGAAGAGGUUUUGUAUCACAAGGAUGGACACGUAUUUCACAGAUAUAUCAAGGGUUAUUAGAUAAAUGGACACCUCAUUCGAAAAGCAGAUGGGCAGUAGCUUUGUUACUGAUAUUACUAUUUGUCCUCAGAGUAUUUUUAAAACAAGGAUGGUAUAUUGUUACAUAUGCUUUAGGAAUAUAUCACUUAAAUUUAUUUAUUGCAUUCCUGACACCAAAGAUUGAUCCCGCUAUGGAUUUUGAUGGUGAUGAUGAAAAUGGCCCGGCAUUACCAACUAGAUCAACUGAAGAAUUCCGACCCUUUAUUCGGAGAUUACCAGAGUUUAAAUUUUGGUUAUCUGUAACUAAAAGUACUAUAUUUGCGUUCUUCUGCACCUUUAUUGAUGCAUUCAAUAUACCAGUAUUCUGGCCUAUAUUAGUGAUGUAUUUCAUAACUUUAUUCUGCAUUACAAUGAAGAGGCAAAUUAAGCAUAUGAUGAAAUAUCGUUACUUGCCAUUCACCCACAGUAAGCCGAAAUACAAAGCGGUUGAUUCAGCAGUGACUGUGAACUGACCAUAGGUAAAACGAUUUAGUUAAUGCAAUGUUCAGAUGUACUUCACACCAACAGCUACAGAUGAUCAACGCCAAUCUGUUGUACACACCUACUUAUGUUCUAGAAAUACAGUUUAUAUUGUAAU